AUGCCUCUUAUCAACGAAUCUCACGACUCCCUCCCAUAUAUCGAUGUUGAGCCAUCCGCAGGAGCUCGCGCGCGGGCUGAAAAGUUGAUCGUGGCAGAGCUUCCAUCAGACUACUCGUCGUCCAUCCAUCCGGCUAUUCCCGCAUUCCCCGAACCCCGGUUUACCCCUCUCAUGCAACAAGAGGUGGAACGGAAGGCGCGCGGAUUUCCCUUGGUCGGUGGGAUCGAUCUCUCGCGAUAUGAGGCCCCCGAGCCCCCGACACGAUCCUCGGAUGCAGGAUCCGAAUCGACGCCGGAUCUGGAUGAGUGGCGCCAGACCUUACGGAGGGCAUACACGGCCAGCUCCCAUUUGUCCAUGAGACAUGAGAACCUGGCGCUGCUGGAGGAAAACGGCAAGAAUGCGUGGCUGAUUGGUAACUCUCAGCUGGAGGAGAUCCUACGAGGUCUGGAGAAGGAAUUAGUCCAGACCAAGGAAGCUGCGGAAUUGGUCAACAAGCAACGGAAAAUCGCCCAGGAGGCGAGCCAAGGAGAGCUGGCGGGGUUGGAGGAUUCCUGGAGGAAAGGGGUGGGUGCGACUCUGGAUGUGGAAUUGGCUGCGGAGAAUCUCCGGCUGCAAAUCCUAGAGCAGAGACGUCAUCUUGCACAGCAGCAAUCCCGGUAG